CUUUAUAACACGAACCCUAGUCAAGAAAAGGCUCUACUCCAUCUCUGAAACUCUCUCUCCAUUGCCCUUGCAUUAAUCUCAUUUUGGUCCAAGUUCAUAGAAAAGGUAUAUCUUACAGGGAUGGCGAGGCCGUACACAUUCAACCCACCGGAGGAAGAGCUCAUCAACCACUACCUGAAUAACAAGAUCGCAGGCAAUGAUGAUUUGGUGGAGAGUGAGAUCAAUGAGAUCAAUAUCUGCCAACACGAACCUCAUAAUUUGCCCGGGCAGGCGAAGAUUCGUUCCAGCAACACUUGGUACUUUGUUUCGAGAGCGGAGAAGUUCGGGAGAUGCAACCGAACAAAGAGGACGACGAGGACAGGGCAUUGGAAAGUAACCGGAAAGAGUUGUCUUGUUAAGGACAGCGGUGGUGUUCCCAUCGGCUUUAAGAAGUUUCUGGUUUUCCAGGAGAGCAAGGCUUCUUCUUCUUCCUCCUCUUCUAGAAAUCUCCCCCACAGGUCUACUUGGGUCAUUCAUGAAUUCCACUCCUUACUCCAACAUCGUAACAAGGAUGUCUUUGUUCUGUGCAAACUAAUGAAAAAGGGAGGGAGUGGAGGGAGCGUCGCCAGUACCGAUCCCUUUCUUUCCGACCCACAUGAACAGAAGAUCACAGCAGGUGGGGAUGUGAUCAUGCCGAUGAGCUCAAUGGUUCAUAAUCAUUACAAUGACGCGGAAGAGCUUUUCCCAGAAUUUCAUCACAACCCUAAUUGGUUUUCCGUCGACCUCCUCCUCCAAUCUCACUUUCAUCCUUUGCAGCCGCAGAGCUUCGCCCACCCGAUACCCACGUGGAAUGGAGGAGUGCCAAUCGGAGAAGCAGAUUCUGGGAUGAACCCUAACUAUCAAGAAACGGGGGAAUUAGCAUGUGGCAGCCACGUGUACGGCCCAAACACCGAGGUUUCGGGAGGAGUCGGGGGAUAUGGGAGCAGUGGCCAGACACGGUUUCAGACCGGAUCUAAGGCCGGCACACUUGGAUUUGUGGACCCCAGGGAUUUAGAUAUUCUGACACGUGGUGAUAUAUCAUUCGACACCCCACCUACUCUUCCCUGAUGACUAUGGGACAGCUAAAGAUCCAACGGUCACCCCUGACCCUAUGGAUUUCUCCCAUUUAUAAUUUAAUAAUAAAUGCAUGGAAUUGUAAAUUAGUGGGAGAAAUGAGCUGCCUUUUAUUGUGCAAAUCUCUGGUCCGUUGUAUUCAACACCUUAA